GAAUUAAACCGUAAUUUUAAAGUUAAAAGUGAAUGCUUGUUAUUUAAGUAGAAGUGUUUACGGUUAUUAAACUUGGUCACUCUGCGAUUGGGAAGAUCUCACCUUGGUGUUGUGAUUGUCAGUGACAUAAUGUUUUCCUCUUCAGAAUUGCGUAUCAUGUAACUCUUGUGGUUUCUUUUGUGGGAUCCAGGGUCUAUUUUUGGAUUGUUCAACUUGUUCAUUAUUCAUUCGCACAGAUGUCCAGAUGAACAGCCAACAUGAGCUGGCUGCGGAGUACUUCUCUUUCUUUCGCUCGGCAGCUAUCUCGCUCGCUCGAUCCCCGUCACGACUAUGAGCCUCAAGCAUGCUACAAUUCCUUCUGCAAACAUUGGCAACAAGCUAAUGAAAUUAUAUUCAAAUCUCAGCCGAGACACCUUCACGAUGACGUUCUAGGAGUUGUGAACCAUUUGGAACAGCUUGGCACGUUACUGGUACUCGAAGCCAGGGCGAAGGAGAUCAACACUACACAUAAUCACGCCACAUGUUUGGAAUACCUACUUGUAGAAAACCUCCUUGACAAAUUAUAUGAAUGGGCUUGCUGCACUGGAAAAUAUGAAAACGCUGUACGACUUGAACAACUUAAAUUAUAUGGAAUCCUAAUCAGUCAUUAUAGUACACAGGUUAUAGCUGCGGAACCAUUUCUUAGGCCAUUAUUGAAAUUGCUCAGUGGAUUUAGAAACGAAUUGCCUUCACCUAAUUUAGAAAAUCAAUUAGUUAUAGUAUUGAACCAACUAUGCGUGGCAUUGAUGCAGAAUAUGAAAUUCUUAGAUCUUUUCUUCUUAACAACGCACAUGCAGAAUGGGUCGCAAUCAGAAUUCAUCAUAGUAAGGCUACUCCUUGCUUCCGUACACCGGGAAGGCAGCACUGGAUCGGCCGCGCGCGACGCUCUCCUUCUGUGCGCCAACAUGUCGUCCCGGUGUACCCAGCUCGCUGAGUACAUGCUGGCCGGCAACACUUGUCCUGUUCUAGCUACUGGUCUGAGUGGCUUAUAUUCCCUUCUACCGCGAGUUCUUAGCGAAAAGAUCCACCGGCUGACCCCGGACGAUGUCAACAAAGUCAACAAGCUCACUCUAUUCAUAGACUCCCUGGAAUUCUGCAAUGCUGUUGCUCAGGUAGCUCAUCCGUCCAUAAAGAAGCACUUACUGGACCUCCUCUAUCAAGGCUUCCUCGUGCCCGUUAUGGGGCCAGCUCUUUUGCAGACGAAAGGGGGGCCGUUGCAGAGUGGCGCGGGCGAACAGGCGGCUGCGAUGGCGUAUCUCGAGUUGGUCCUUCGAUGCGUCACUCAGAGGGGUCUUCUGAGGGCGGUGCUUCACUUCCUAUUCGCUUAUGAGUACGACGGAGUCAGGGUCGUCGAUGUUCUGCUGAGGAGACUGGAGGGCAAUUCGCAGCUAUCCCUAGUGUCGCUGUGUCUAAUGGAGACCCUCAUCGACUUGAACUGCGAAGACGUCAUGAUAGACCUGGUCUUCAAACAUCUGUUAAACGGUCACCAUCUGAUGGUGAACCAUCGGCAUAAGAUCGCAGAUCCUGAGCCAUACAGAGAAGCUGCCGUAGCUUUCCUCAGUUUAACACCGAGAUGCUGUGCUCGCCCUUUAAAUAAAACAAGGGAAUGGGUGGAUGAAAUGGCACACAGCGGAAGAAGAGUGCUAGACUUCAAACAAGACGAGGAUAGUAGAAAAGUCAAUGGCGUACACGACGGUAUAGCGAUGAAGAAUCUAGUCCACGAAGUUAGGUUUAAUUACGGGAACCCCAACGAAACUCUAUACGCUAACUACCACGCAUAUUUAUGUGACGCGCGAUUCGAAAUAGUUUCCCGCACGAUCGCAUGCAUAAACUGGUCAUCGAAAUACCACAGCGUGACGUCACCGAAGCGAGAAACGAACAACAAUACGAAAGAAACGAGAGAGUUAGUAGACGUGCACGCGUUGAAAGAGCAGGACAGCUUGAUAUCCUGCACGAGCGGCUAUGAUACUUUAAAGAACAGCGAUACUAGUGACAAGGAACCACACAGUCUUACUUCCCUUUUGGAACAAGAGACGGAGAAAGUGAAUGCUGAUUUGAAAGAGCAGGACAGCGUAUCGUUAGGAGAGAGCAGUGAUUACGAAAGCUUUAGGUAUAAGGAAGAUAAUGAUGAGGAGAAUUUUGCUGAAGAUGUGUUCACAAAGAGUGUCGAUAGGGUCGAGAAUCCGGUGGAGUAUGAUGGCGAAGUCACUUUGGUUAGGAGUUGGAGGGCUAGUGCUGAAUCAAUCAUCGGCCCACUUCUUAGCAGUCUUCUGAAGAAGACGGCCGCUUUCCUAGAAGCCGAAGUGAUGGUGAACGGGCGAGUGACAAGCGUCAUAUCGAAGCUCGUGUCACUGCCCACUCCGCUGUUAACGUCGCUAUUGCUCUGUCCUAGCUUCCUUCUGCAACCGAAUGUGCCUUCUUUGUACCAGAUACUUAGUAAAUUAAAAGAGGAUGUGGACGAACUGACAACGGGAUUGGACAACACUAUUGAGUUAGUGGACAAGGCGAGAGUGUUUCUGAUCCAGAGGGAAAUGGCUUUGGUCAACUCGCGGGCACCUGCUAGUGACGAUGGCAAACCAAGUGUGGACUCACCUACGCAUAAACCCGAAGACUCUCCGUCGCCUUUCCGUAGGGUAGAAGCGAAAAGACGCAGCAUAUCUUCGAGUCUGUCAAAUAUGUUCGGAAGGAGAGCUUCUGCGUCACCAUCCCAGCACAAUCUGCAAAGCUUACAACCCACAACAUACCAAGCUAGUCCUCAAAAACGGCUCAUUUUCACACAAGAAGAAUAUUGGAGUCAAUCCAUAACAUUGCGUUCUAUACUGAAUGCGGUACUGCUAGAAGAGUGGUUGAAAGAACUGGCUGCGUUGUGCGAAGAACACGCUUUAAGGCUAUCAGCUGAUAAUUACGAGGAUGACACAUACAUUCGAUCAGUUUUAUUAUGACUGACAGCUAACGCCGCGGGCGGGUUUCAAAAGAGAACAAGAAUGCGUGCAACGGAACGCUCUGGCGUCACAUGCGUUUGACCACGUUUUGUUUAACGCUAGACAGUCAAUUAAGCCGUGUGUGUGAUAUAACUUAUAUAAAAUUAUAAGGCGGGACGAUCUAUUUUUACCCAUGAAUGGAAGCAACAAUGCAACUAUCAUAAGAUAAAGUUAUCUUCUGAUGCCUUUCAAGUAUAAUAGAGUAUUGUGUUGUUUUGAAGAAUCUGAUGAUCAUGUUAAUCAUGUGAAACGGAACGCACUCUUAAAAUGUUGAUAACUUUUCCUAAAUAUUGUAUGAUUGGGUAAAAACACAAUAUAGCAUAUAAGUAAGUAAUCUUAAGUAGAUUUCAUAAAGAAUUUAGUAACAACUUUUCUUAUGAACAAACAUUUUAAGUAGCUAACUAAGAAUGAAAGUACACUGUACGUCCUGCAUUUUUAGUUACGCAGCAAUUUAAAAUUAGACUAUCCAUUGAAUUUGACUUCAAAUUAAAUUAUUUUUUACAAUAAAAAUUAUUAUUCGUGCAAAAUUUCUACUGGGAUAAAGACUCGGGAGCCUACCUAAAAAGGUUACUACUACUGCACACAGAAACUAAAAAAUGCUACAAAAGCAACCUUAACUACUAUCACAAUAAGGCUCCUUAUCUCAAAUGGUCAGUAUACAAUUGAAUGUUAGAUUUAUUGUAAACUGUUUUAUCAUCGCUACUUUCUUACCAAAGGAGGAUAAAUAAUAAUGAUUUCUUACCGGACCAACUUCAUUACAGUAAAUAAUGAAGUUGGUCCGGUCCUCCCUUGUCAAGAAGAUCCUCAUACCAGAGUUUAUCUUUAGUGAAUCAAACAUCACAUACUUAAUUCUAAGUACCUUACUGUAGUUUUUAAUUUUGUUUUAAAUUUAUUUGCUAAUUUUAAUCAACGACUUUGCCAUCA